AACUCCAUUCCCGCUCAAAGCCCUUCCUCCUCUCACCUCUCUCUCUACUCUCUACAAUUGCCAUGGAUCCAAAAGAAGCAGAUAAUCAGCCUGAUCAAAUGAAAUCCUUAGCAGAAUUUCUAAUACGCCACCAUUCUGAACAACUCCAUUCUACUGUUCUCGCUAUUGACUCUAAGCUUCACUACCCUCUCUACAUAGAUUUUGCAGAGCUUAUGGACGAAAAUCCUGAACUCGCCCAUCUCGUCUUCUCUCAACCAACCGAGUACUUGCGACAUUUCGACCAAGCUGCAUUGUGGGCUCAUAAAAUUGUGUUGAAUAAUUUGAAUUUUGGGGAGAAGGGGAUUCAGAAGAAAUUUAUUCAUGUUCGAAUUAAUGUCAGCGGAUCUCCACUUGAAUGCCCUGAGACUUUUCCAAGCAUUGGGCGCGUGAGAGUGAAGCAUCGAGGGAUUCUCCUGACUUUGAAAGGAACUGUAAUCAGGUCUGGAGCAAUAAAGAUGUAUGAAGGGGAGAGGAUGUAUCGGUGUCGAAAAUGCAAGCAUGAGUUUCCAGUUUACCCUGAGCUUGAGAGUAGAAACUCCAUAACACUGCCAUCCUUUUGCCCCUCUCUGAGAUCUAAACCUUGUGAAGGCUUGAAGUUUGAUUGUGUAGAUGAAACUAUAAUACGACAUGAUUAUCAGGAAAUCAAAAUACAAGAAAGUACACAGGUGUUGGGUGUCGGGGUUAUCCCUCGCUCAAUUCCUGUCAUCCUAAAGGAUGAUCUUGUUGACAUUGUUAAAGCUGGAGGUACUGCUUUGUCAAAAGCUUUGUUUUUAUUGACAUUUCUAAUUUUGCCUUUUUGAAUUACCUAUAUAUUCUCACACAGAACUUCAGAUCAUGUUGGGAACUGUUCCCAGUUUUAUUAACCAUGAAAGAAAAAUGAUGCAUAUUGACAAGUGGGCUAUCCAUUCUUUUGGUUAUUCAAAUUAAACAAUAAAUGAUAUGAAUCUUUUUUUCCACCCAGUCCUUUAAAGAGAUAAGAAAAUAAUUAAAUAUGGUGCACUAAAGGAUUGGAAUAAAAGAAAGAAAUUUGUGUUAAUUAUUAUUCCUAGAAAGAAUAUUUGCUUUUUCACAUUAUGUAUUUAUGUUUGAGUAGCUUC